AUGGCUGCGAAGGGCUCCCAUUCUUACCUGAAGCUGGAGGGGGAGAUCGAGAGGUGCCGGGCGGAGUGUCAGUGGGACAGGCUGCCCGAGCUGGUGAGGCAACUGCUGCUGCCAGCGGCCAGCCCCCCGCGGAAAGGGGCCGGGGACGCGCAGGACUCCGUGGACUAUGGGAAUCUGCUGCUCGCAGAGGUCCUUCUGGAGCAGUGCUUAAAGGAAAACCUUGCCAAAAUAAAGGACUCCAUUCCAUUAAUGGAAAAGAAUGAGCCAAAAAUGAGUGAAGCCAAAAAGUAUUUGACUGGUAUUCUAAACAGAGGAAAAUUACUACCUAAAUAUAUGACUGAAGCAGUGUUGAUCCUUGGGAAGCUCCAUUAUGUGGAGGGAUCCUACAGGGAUGCAGUCAGCAUGUAUGCCAGAGCAAGAAUUGAUGACAUCUCCAUAGAAAAUGAACCUUUGUACCGUCUGCGCCUGGUGACUGAAGCAUUUGUUAUCAAAGGUCUGUCACUGGAGCGCUCGCCCAAUUCGAUUGCCUCCCGUGCUCGGCUGUCCGAAAGGGAAGAGGAGGUCGUGGCUUGUUUUGAGAGAGCAUGUGUCAUUGCACAAGUGUACUUGCAGGAACUUGAGAAGGUAAGGAAGAACUCGCAUUCAAGAAGCAUAAAAGGCAGCAGUGUGACUUUCUCUGACUUUGAACUUCCCUAUUUCCUGGAAGCAGCUCUACAGAGUGCAUAUGUGUCUCACUUGAAGAAGGGAAACAUCGUGAAAGGAAUGAGAGACCUGCGAGAAGUAUUACGGACUGUGGAAACAAAAGCUACUCAGAGCUUCAAAAUGACAGCUGCCAAACAGCUAGCCGAAGUGCUCCUCCACUCCUUGAGUGAAGAUUGUUACUGGAGCCCCUUAUCUGAUCCUCUACCUGAGUUCAUGAACAAGGAAGAUAACUCUUACGUUAGCAGUCUUCUUCGGCGGAGACCCCAGCUAUACACAGGAGACAACCUGUACUGCCCUCAAGACAACAUAGAAGAGGCUCUUCUCCUUCUGUUAAUCAGUGAAUCUAUGGCGAACAGAGAUGCAGUAAUUAGCCGUGCCCCUGACCAGAAGGAUGAUCGAGCUGUCAGCCUCCAGGAUGCUUCUGCAGUGUAUGACCUUCUGAGUAUCACGCUGGGCAGAAGAGGGCAGUAUGUCAUGCUUUCUGAGUGUCUGGAGCGAGCAAUGAAAUUUGCGUUUGGUGAAUUUCACCUUUGGUACCAGCUGGCCCUUUCCAUGGUGGCUUGCGGGAAGUCGGCAUAUGCUGUGUCAGUGCUCAGAGAGUGUGCUAAGUUGCGUCCUGCAGAUCCCAUGGUUCCUCUUCUGGCUGCUAAGGUCUGCAUUGGGCCACUGCACUGGCUGGAGGAAGGGGAACGUUUCGCCAAGAUGGUGAUAGAUCUAGGAGAGGAUGCUGGAGAGUUCCUAGCUAAGGGGUAUCUUGCCUUGGGUCUGACAUACAGUCUUCAAGCUACUGAUGCUACUCUGAAAUGCUCUCAAGACACAUUGCACAAGAAAGCCCUUCAAACUUUGGAGAGAGCACAUCAGUUGGCCCCUGAAGACCACCAAAUCAUCCUCUACGUCUCGUUGCAGCUGGCUCUUGUCAGACAGAUUUCUGAUGCUAUAGAACACCUUCAGGAAGCACUGAAACUGUGCAAAGAUGAUAUGAAUUCACUUCAUCUACUGGCUCUCCUUUUUUCAGCCCAAAAGCACUAUCAGCAUGCACUCGAUGUCAUCAACAUGGCUCUCGCUGAGUACCCAGAGAGCUUUAGCUUACUCUUCACCAAAGUAAAGCUAGAACGGGUGCAUAAAGGACCUGAAGAAGCUCUGGUGACCUGUAGACACAUGUUGCGUAUGUGGCAGAUGGUAUAUAACUUUUCACAGCACAGUGGCUCUGAGAAAGAAAGCAGUGUGACUGAAGUGCCGAUGAUCAAAAAGCACAAUGGGAUGCAUCUUUCUCUCCCUGAUGCUCACGAUACUGACUCUGGCUCACAGCGCGCCUCUUCUGUUGCUGCUUCACGACUGGAACAGGCCAUGUCUGAAGUAACUAUGCAGACUACUGCCCUGAGGCAAGGACCUAUGCAACUAUGGACAACCCUUGAACAAAUCUGGCUACAAGCUGCUGAACUCUUCAUGGAACAACGGCAUCUCAAAGAAGCAGGCUUUUGUAUCCAGGAGGCAGCUAGUCUUUUCCCCACAUCUCACACUGUGCUGUACAUGCGUGGGAGACUUGCAGAGAUGAAAGGCAGUUUGGAGGAGGCUAAGCAAUUGUAUGAUGAGGCACUUACAGUGAAUCCAGCUGGAGUGGAAAUUAUGCACAGCCUGGGGCCCAUACUGAGCAGGCUCGGGCGGAGAAGCCUGGCUCAGAAGGUUCUGAGAGAUGCAGUCCAGAUACAGAACACCAAUCACCAAGCCUGGAACAGCCUAGGAGAAGUAUUGCAAGCUCAAGGAAAAAAUGAAGCUGCUGUGGAAUGCUUCCUAACAGCUCUGGACCUCGAAUCCAGUAGUCCUGUUGUCCCUUUCACUGUCAUACCUAGAGAACUAUAA